ACACACACACACACACACACAGUGUAAGACGAACACAUACACACAGAGAAAAAAAACCUCAUCGGGAUUUAUUGCGACCUUUGUGAACUUUCGCAAGCGACAAGCAGCCUGUUAAGUUUUCCUAAACUCCCUCCAUAUUUUAUUGGCUCGUUGAAACGUGAAUGCUCCAUACACCACUUAAGGUUAUGUGCCGUGUAUUCGCAAGCCAUAUUACCGCUAUGAAAUAAUUAAGUGACAUGGUUAAGAUGAGUCACAAAUGUUUGUGAGCCACAGAGCAGCAGCGUAGGCACCGAGCUCUUGCUGAGAAAAAGGGGGGGAGCUGUCAUCAGCCAGGCCUAAUGUAAAGCAACUGUUGCUUGAGAGUUAAAUUUAAAACUACCGCUGAUCUCUUCUUGUAUCCUGGCAUUUGUUGAAUAUUUUUUAUUCAAUUCACUGCACGAAUGUGGAAUUUGACAACUGGGGACAUCAAACACUCAUUUACUAAUUAUUCAUGCUCUCAUCAAAACAAACAUAAAGAGAGUCAGGAUUACAAGAGUAUUAGGUAGCAUUUUUAUUUAUUUUUUUAUUUUAAAAUUUCUGUUUUGUUCUGUAUUUUAUCCACGACUUCUUGCCAGGAAGGGGAGCAUUUCCCGGGAACGUUAACAUUAUUAUUAUUAUUAUUUUAAUUAUUAUUGAACAAUAGAAAAUGUGGGAACUUUCAAAUAGUGGGGAAAUAAACUUUCCAAAACUAACGUGACUGCGGUUUUGCGUAUAGUUUGUCUCAUGCACACCAGCUUUUUUUUACCCCAAAAUAUUUAACAUCGAGCUCUGCGCUGAGUGGCGUUUUCCUCUCACGUUUGGACGUAUCUAUUUAAUUUAAUGUAGGUAAAGCUGCAAAUCCAUUUUACAAUCAUACUGAUUUGUAUAUUUAAUUUAAUAUUUUUAUAUGUUCUUUUUAAUUGCCAAUUGCAUUAAAUUCUUAGAGGAAUAUGCAUAUAUAUCAUUACUUUGUAUUUGGGUGUGUGUGUUUUUAUUCAUUCUGUAGCUAGACACAUGACAUCUUCCCCCCCCCCCCCCCCUUUUUAAGUAUCCGUAAUGAAACGUGCCAAUUUAUUGAAGGCUCUUCUGCAGGACUGCGGUAUUUAUAAUUUGCUUAUUUAGUUAUCUUUCCUGGGAUUACCUCACUGGGCGUUGGAAUAGCCUAUUGGUUAUAACAUAAUCUUCUUCCAACUGAGCAUGCGCGUUACCUAAAAAAUAUCAGAAUAUUUUAGUGUGCAUACCUCUGUGACAGUAGGCCCACUGCUGCUGGAAAAGAGCAGAACAUAACCAUCACCCUAAAUGGUAAACAUCUCACAUUUAUAUGUUUAUUCUAACUAGAUGUGUUAGAGUCAGUAAUUAUAAAGGAUUUUUCCAUUGUGUAAUUUCGUAAAUGACCUAGAUGCAUGGUAAUUCUAUUCUUAUAUAAACCAGUAGACAUAUCACAGCCCAGUCUUUUUUCUCUCUCUGUGUAUGUGCGUGUAGCAAAGUUGAGUGAUUUUUUUUAGUCCAUGAUGUCUGGCCUGUGGCCCACACUAUGUUUGGCCGGCUUAGGCCGCUACUGCUAUAGACAAGUUUGUGGACUUGAAAUUAACUCAGUAGUGACCAGACAGAAGUAUAACCUUAAUCUCUCCUAAAAUGGAAAAGCUGCAACCGAAUGCCACUGUAUGUGAUCCUGUUUUCAGUAUUUACAUUUUAAAAUGUAAAGUAAAGUGAUCAAUGUAUCCCAGAGGCACAAUUACAUGGAUGAUUCUGUGAUUCACUGUUUUGGAUAAAUAGACAAUGUGAAGAUUGAACUUCCACAUUUUGCUGUGGUUUAAAUGUGUCAUGUCUGUUGCUUGAUUUAUUAAGAAAAUGAAUUGUGGUGCUUUGUGUGUUGAAUAAGGGUGCAUUCUCUAUCACUUUUCCCACUUCUCUUAUAUUCGACGGAGCUUAAAACACUACAGUGGCUCAGGUUCGCAUUCACUCGAACAUCCAGUAAAUUUAAUAGAGUCUGAGAAUAAUAGAGGUUCUCUUAUUUGUUCCAGUUCUGCUAUUUGUCUUCAUAACAUGUGCAUCCACUUAUUUUCAGAAUGCAUAGUGCUUUCACAAAGCAAAAAUUUACAUUAUGCUUUGUGUUUUCAAAACACAUGGAGCUGCAACAAAUGCUGUUUUAGUUUUUCCUGCACAUGUAGCAGCUGAUAAUGGGAAGGAUUUUCUCAUCAUAUUGCUUUACAAUACAAACGGUAAUUUAACUGUCUUGUAAUAUAGAAUUUCACAGUGCCUGUAUUACAUUGAUACUAGGCAUGUUUUUGUGCUAUGCAUGUGUUUAGUUUUUUUCAAUUCUCAUGUUUUUCAGUGGCGAAAUGUUUCCGCAGUUCCAUAUUUUCGUCAUUUAUUUCAUUACAGGCUCAUAACUGUAUGUAAUACAAUAAUAACUGUGCAGAUCGUUGUAUGUGUUUCAUAGAUUAUAUGGUCAGUUGGGCCUUGACUGACUACAGCACAUGGAGUUUGCCUUCAUAUGGCUGAUGGAGAGGGCUAAAUGACUUCUUGCUGUGAUUUGCUCGAGCAUCUGUCUCCAAAUGGACUCAUCCCAAACCUGUUAAUUCAUCUAAAUUUCAUAAAGUCAUGGCAAGACUGUGCACUGCCAUCCCUCAUCAAUUAUAAUAUUUCAGCGCACUCCACACUAAUGCAUGCAGUUGUUUAAACAGCCACACAAACCCACAUACACACGUUCUUAUUACUACAAGAAAACACAAACACAGCUCACACAAUCACAAAUGAAUAUGGAUACUUGAAAUCAUUUUGUUUUUGGUUUCCAUUUGAAGUUUUUUAUUAUUAUUAUUAUUAUUUAUAUCUUGUGUUACAUUACAGCAUUCACCAUGUGUAACGCUAGUGAUUUGUAUACGGAUAGUGACUAGAUUAUUAUAGAAAAGCAGCCAUAUUAUUAUAAUAUAGCCUACAACAGGCUACAUUACAUUUUAAUAUGUGUGUGUUUAUGUGUGUGUGUGUGUGUGGUGGUGCUUGUUUUUCCCUUUUGUGUGCAAAUAGUUUUCCCCAAAAAGGGUCUUAUUUAAUAAAAAAAAAUAGACUUCUUCUCAUCACCAUCCAAGGUUAAAUUAACUGAACUUGCUGAAUUUUCAGUCCAGUCUAUAACAUUGCUUCGUAUUCAGUAAGCCUUGAAUUUAAACUGGCAUUUGACUUGUCUUCCAUUUUUUCUCUGCAUUGCGCCUUUAUAAUAUAUUUGAUUCAUAUUGACUAAGAGCGACUUGGAGCGACAUGGACCUUGUGGCUGUAAAAACUAUGCCCUGACAUGAAUGUUUUGAUUGUUGCAAGUGAUAUUUCACAUGCAGCAGUCACCAGAAUUUCAUCUGCCUUGUCAAACAGCCAGCAUAAACCAGACUUAUAAGGCUGCAGGGCUGGAGGAGAUUUCAGAUGUCAAAAUGCUUACAUUUCUUACAAAGUAGAUAUUUGACCUGAAGUUUUGUACAUUGACGUGCAAUUUUCAAAUUAGUUGUUUGUCAUAAUAACAUUGCAUGUGCGUAAAGCAACAUUGCAAACCCCUAACCAAAUAAACACUGUUUACUGUCGUUGCCAUUGCUUCCAAUUUUAUGAUUUAUUGUUUGAAGGUAACCUCUCACAAUAUUUAUCUCAUGAAAUUAAAAAAUUGUUAAAUUUAUGUAAUAUUUAAAGCAGGUACACUAACUAACUGAAGAGCUCACAUUUCCUUGCUAUAGCACAAAAAUGGGGCAAAUAUUAAAAAGGCCUAUUAAUUGUUAGAUAUGUGUAAGCCUUUGUCUCAAACUUAACUUGCUGAAAGGGUAUACCUGAACAGCCUCAAAAUCAGCAUAUGAAUUUAAGUCCUUAAAGUGCAGCUACUCUAAACAGUUUUCCUUUGUUUCCUGUAAAUGAGGAACAGGGGUUAUUUGAGGUCUCUCAGGCGUUUAUGCCAUCUGAAUAUAAGAUUGGAAACUUUCAGUUUAUUGGCCUUUAAACCUCGAUUUUUUUCGGAAAUGCAUCAGGUUAAAGGUUGAUAAACAUGAGCGUCCAUUACAAUCCUCACGGAAUUAGGCCAGUUCUGGGAAUGUCUACUAUUUUCCAGCACUUAAUGUCAAGUGGGCCCCUUGCUUUGUCUCUGCGUAGGACCCACUGCAGGUGACGUCAGAAAGUUUUUUUUUUUUUUUUUUGCACGUUGAUUAUACCACCAGCUCAAGUCUUUGGAAAUAAGAGGGGUUUUCACCUUAAACCUGUAAGCUGCAGUUCGGAUCUUACGCCGAGUUGUGUUGAUUGAAAUAAAAGUAACAGAUAAAAGAAUCAGGCUAAAGUGGUUAGGGUGGAAAACCCCCCCCAAAAAGCUGCGUGUUUAUCGAACCAGAGCCACGUCAAAGCUCGAAAACGUGCAGAAAUAUGUGUUGCAGUUCAGCAGCGUGGGGAGCUUGAAGCUCGCUGUCCUCACAGCACCCCAAAGUAAGAAAGUUUAUCUGAGUUUCCUAGGAACAGUGGAGCCUAUCCACUGCUGUUCGUCACGUUUCAUAAUCUGCAUUUUACGUAACCAUUUUCACAUUUGUGCCAGCCUGCACGACGGUGCGUGAUGAACUUUUGAAAAUUAUUAAUUUAUUUAGGCUUAAUAAGAACAGCGUUAUAUACAGGCGUGAUUUACAAUAAGCACAUGGAUAAAAUAGUACAUCUUGUUCUGCUGUACUCCCCAGUGACACUACUAGAAAUGUAUGUUUGAAACAACUUUUAUUUCCAACAAGACGAUUAUCGUGCCUCGUAGGACUACUUGUUGCUUUAUCAAAGUUGUAUUUUCCAUACUACACGAGCCCAAUAGAUUACUGCGUCCGUACGGAAAUGUACUCUAAAAUAAAAAUGUACCACAAUGAUCUUACCCCGGAGAGAGAACAGUAGCCUUCUAUUACUAUUAUGUGGAUCUAAACAUAUAGGUUAAUGAGUGCCGAAGCAAUUAUGUUUUUGUUUGUUUGUUUGUUUGUUUGAAUCAAACAACUGCUGCAUUUGUGAGGAAUAAUAUUCUGUAACUCUGACUAUUUUCAAACGAGGUGCUCUACUCAAAAUGAAAGUCUUGACAAUAAUUGGCCUGGACACGCAAGGACCAGUCUCUCUAUUAUACUUGCCAGGCAGGAGCAGGACAUUUGCUGAAAUAAAAGGCAUGAAGGCUGGAGACUGAUUGUGUUGUGUUUUUGCUCACGUCGGUUUUUAAUCACUCGAUUUCUACUAGAAGAUUAGUAUUAUGCAUUAACCUGUGCGUUUUUCCUACGCAGAGAUUUAGAGAAGGGGAAUUAUAAGACGUCGCCUGAAGUUAAAGAGGCUGCAAUAUUUGGGAGUAUCGCGGCACAUUUCAAAGCAUUUUCUCUGCGAUAUUUGAAAACGGAGUCGUGCAGUGAACGCCUGCGUGUCCCUUUUAAAACAAACCCAGCGCCUGUCAAUCACAGCGCAUUCCAACCAAUCCCAAAGCUCCCUUUUUAAAAGCAGGUUGGCCUGCUGUGCUUUUAUAUUGCACCAUGGCCUGUUUCGAAGCAUUUUUACUACCACGGUUAUUGCCACAAAUCAAGAGGGCAAAGUGAACGGCAUGGGACUCACACCAACUUUAACGAAAUUGAGUCUGGUUCCUACUUCUGCGAAGUUCACGGCCAAGAAUUUCACAUGCAGAUGAUAUACAACAAGGAAAAUGGAAACAGAAUUUCUAGGUGCAUCCUGAGUGCUGAAUUGGUUGAUUUUGCAAACUCAUAGCCAAACUCACAACAAAACAUGACAAGCCUUUCGAGGUUUAGUGGCUGCCCUCUCUCUUGCGUCAACCCCGGGGAGAGCAAUACUGAACCCAGCGUGGUGCUGCCACCUUUGGCAGGAGAGCACAUGGGACACCCCACUGGCAGUUCCUUAAAACUCUGCCCCUCGCACAAUUUGCGAGACUACCCAGAGACGAGGUCCAGUGCAUAUGUUGACCAUUCGGUUCCCAAUUUUUCAGACUCUGGAUACCCCAGUCACCGGUUAGAGCACAGUCCUAGGGGCAUUAUCAUUGGAGCCAAUCUUUCUGGAGCCGGCAUGCCACCCGUCACUGAUCAACUGGCAUCAAGACCUAACCAACAUGGAGGGAUUGGACGCUAUCGUGACUUUCAUGGCUACAGAGACAACAGAAACCAUACUUUUUUCACAAGUUAUCAGGAGCAGGCCCAUGCGUCCUCCGACGCAUCUCGAGAUCUCGGCAGCCAGAUGAUGCUGGGUCUGCCUGGCGACCUCCUCACCCGGACUCACCCUUACGGCCAAACUAUCAGCCCCAAGGGAAACAGCCAGCAACUUGUCACUCAGUUCCUGGGUCUGUACAAACCCCUGAACAUGGCAAUUCAGCGUGGAGGAGGAGACGCUUUCCUCAGGUGCUCAAAACAAACAGUAAAGCAUGAGCUGGUGUGCAAGUGGAGUGACGGCCAAGAGGGGGCUGGAAAGCUGCCUUGCUCCAGAGCCUUCGGGACCAUGUAUGAACUUGUCACCCAUGUGACAGUGGAGCAUGUCGGAGGACCUGAGCACUCUGAAUAUGUGUGUCACUGGGACAAUUGUGUGAGAGACAGGAAGCCUUUCAAAGCCAAAUACAAGCUGGUGAACCACGUCAGAGUCCACACAGGGGAAAAGCCAUUUCCCUGCCCAUUUCACGGCUGUGAGAAAGUUUUUGCAAGAUCAGAAAAUCUAAAGAUCCACAAGAGGACUCACACAGGUGAAAAACCUUUUAAAUGUGAGUUCGAGGGCUGCAACCGGAGGUUUGCGAACAGCAGCGACAGAAAGAAGCAUUCACAUGUGCACUCCAGUGAUAAACCCUACAUGUGCAAGGUCAGGGGCUGCGACAAGUGUUACACCCACCCAAGCUCCCUGCGAAAACAUAUGAAACUCCACUGCAACAAGACCCAAGUCGCCAAAGACGGCGACGCGCGUCCUGGUGGUGGGGGUCACAUUGCGGAGGGCAGGUCAAGCCGAGUCUCGGAUGGAACCCAGAUCAGCCCCACUCAUCCACCCACCUCAUCUCAAGAUGUCCCCUUGUCCCCAGAGAGUCGAGACGAGCCGACCCCGAGGUCACGUUUCCAUCACACAUUUGACAGCAGUUUGGACUACUCAACACACAGGUCACAGCCCCUCUUGGACCCUUUGUUGUUACAGAGAGGCAGCUACAGGCCUCAGUCCUCCCAGUACCCCUGCAGCCAGACAGGUCACGCUUUUGCCCAGAGCUCAAGGACUUUCUCCCCUGCUUCUUCCUUUCAGAAAAGUAUUGUUAAUGGAUGGUACACAUGCCACAGCGGCGUGGACUCUUUCCCACCAAAGCAAUGCAAUAACAUCCCGUCUCUCUGAGGUGUUGUUGGGACACACACAGGCGGCUUAAUAUGUUGGGCCUAUUUUUUCAUGUGGUAGCUCAAACCUACAGCUGUUGUUCUCUGUACUUUCGUAAAUGUUGUAUUACAUAUUUUGCGUGACGUCCUCAGUUAUCCUAUUGAGUAUUCAAUGGAAAUGUGGCAAGCUUUAUUUGUUGUCGUGAGGUCUGUUCGGUUGGGUUUGGUUUAAAGCCCAUACAUCUCCCAAAAGUGGAUUAUAGGAACCGUUAUGUGUAUUUCUAGUUUUCGUUGUGUUGCAUAAGUAUUGAAGAUAUCUAUCUUUAAGUGGGGAAAAAAUGACUAAGGAUUUAAUGGAAAUCUGCGUGUUGAUUAGUCUAUUCUGAACUUUGAAUCUUUUAAGUAAAAGGAAGUGUCUUGCUGAAUGUAGCCCUGACUGUAGGGGUCUUUCUUGAAUGUAAACUAGUCUAAUGUAUGUCUGGAUGAAUAGAAAUAUUAUUCAUGACUUAUGUACGUUGCAAGAUAAAAUAAAUAUCUAAUUUUUUUUCGCCCCCCUCAAGUUAAAUGUUGAGGUUUAACAACCCUGCGUGACGGGCCUGGAGCAUGAGCUGUAAUUAAAAUACAAGGCUCACUAGUUUUUUUCCUGCCCUUGAUUAUGUUUCACUUUUUGCCUUUUUUUUAUUAUUUUUAUUACACACUGUGUAUUAUAUGUAUAUUUCACAUUUCUGUGCAGAGUAAGAGUGUGAGUAUAAACCAGUGGUCGUGUUACUAUUCAAACGUUUAAUUAGCAUACAGUUCAACUGUACAUAAGCUCACUGUAUAAUUAAUUAUCCUAUAUUUUAUUAAAGUGUCUAUAUUCUC